AUGGAUGAGGUCCACGUUUACAAUGACAACACAGCGUCCGCCUGGACACCAGCUCUUAGCGAACAUGCCUUACGUCUUUUCCCUCACUCAAGCCCCUCUGGGGCUGGGCCUACUCCGACGGCAAAAACAAACGGCCCUCUAAUCACUCUACUGCUGGUCCUCGCGACCGUCGCCGCGUGCCUGCUGUCGUCCGUCAACCACUCCGCGGCGCAGACGGAGCCGUUCCUUGUGACCAAGGCGCGCAGCACGCGCGCAUACGCCAUCAACUGCACCAACGACUCGCUGAAAGCCAACGCGACCGCGACGCAGAGGGCUCAGGAGCUGCUCGUGGCGAACGCAACUCUCGCCGCCGCCAUCGCCGCGUACAGCGAUGCCGUACCGCUGGUCAACCGCCUUAAGCUCGUCCUCGCCGCGAAGAUCGCGGCGGCGAACGAGACGGCCGCGACGAUUCAGUCGCUGCAGGAUAUCACGGUGGAGCAGCAGGCGCGGCUCGAUAAGAUCGUGGCGGAGAGCAGCAACGAGACGGCGCUGAAGCAGUCUGUGUCGGACGCGAAGCGACGGGUUGCGAUGGCGGCACAAAUGAUUGACGACCAGACGGCCGCUAUCGCCAGCUUGAAUUUUGACGUCUACAAGGCGACUCGGAGGGCUGCCGAUCCGACGGUCACGGGUGCAGAUCUGACCGACGCGCAGAACGAUCUGGCGGCGGCGAAAGCGCAGAAGGCCGACGCGGAGGCGCUUCUGGCAGAUAUGACUAAUCAAGCGGUGAGGGCGCAGGCUGUUCUCUCAAAGAAGCAGAAAGCUCUCGAUGACCCCGCGAGCGUCCAGGCCGACAUUGCCGCGCAGCAGCAGGUGGUAGAUGACGCUAAGUCGGAGCUGAACGAUACCCUUGCGGCGUAUGAGGACGCCAAGGCUGCGGUGGUUCAGGCGCAGUUUGAUGUGAGCUACGCGAAUGCGUCCAUUCCUGCGAAGUCCGCGAAUGUGAGCAACGCGAAGAUCGCGCAGAGCAAGGCGGUGACUAAUAAGAUCAGCGCGGACUCUUCGGCGAAUUAUAUGGCUUCUCGCGCGUACAACGCCACGCUCGCUGCUCAGCAGGCGGAGGCAGCUGCUAAGGCUGCAGGUUACACGUGGGUGUGGUAA